AUGGCCCCGCACCCGCCCAGCGCCGGGCAGUACCUGCGCUCUGACAGCGGCGCCUCCGACACGCCAAUGCUGCCCGAGGGGCCCGCUCCCGGGCCCGCUCCCGGUGACUGCCCCGGGCCCGGUGCCGGUCCGGACGGCGGCCCCGGCGCGGCGCGGGGGCAGCGGCAGCGGCGGUGCGGGACGCUGUGGGGCAGCGUGGCCGUCAUGGCCAUCCUGGCCCUGCAGAUCGCCUCCACCACCGGCCUCUUCGUCUACUUCACCAUGGCCAUCUCCAAGCUGAAAUCCCAGGCUCCGGGCAGCGCGGAGGAGCUGCGGUGUCUGCAGGUGCUCAAUCAGCAGCCCGAGGGCUCCAGCCUGGAGGAGCUGAGCAGCAGCCAGGGCUGCCUCAAGCUGGCCAGCACCAUCAAAGCCUACGUGGCCACGGUGACCGAGAACAUGAUCCGCAAGAGCGCCGUGAAGGAGGCCUGGCAGAGCUACUCCAACACCUCAGAGGGGCAACUUCCUCCCAAAAUAGCUGGGAAACCUUCGGCACACCUCACCCUCCGCCCGCAGAGCCUGGCUCAGGAUGGACGCUCCCAGCGCUUCGGGAACCUCUCGCAGUCGUGCCGCCACGCCAUCGCCCACUGGGGGCACAGCAGCCUCCACUCGCACGUGCAGAACAUGACGUACCGGGCUGGGCGGCUGCGCGUGGAGCAGCCGGGCAAGUACUACGUGUACUCGCAGAUCUACUUCCGCUACCGCGGCGCCGGCCGCGACUCGGGCCCUCAGCUCGUGCAGUGCAUCCAGUGGCAGCCGGCCCACAGCCCACCCGUGCUGCUGCUCAAGGGCGUGGGCACCAAGUGCUGGGCGCCCGAGGCCGACUACGGGCUCCACGCGCUCUACCAGGGGGGACUCUUCGAGCUCAAGGCCGGUGACGAGCUCUUCGUCUCCGUCUCCUCCUUGGCCAUCGACUCCAACGAUGCAGCAGCCAGUUACUUCGGGGCCUUCCGGCUCGACCUGUGACAGCCCCUCUGCUCCCACCCGGCCCGUGUGGCCCCCGGACAGCGGCCGAUGGCCCGGGGCUGGGGCGGGGCUCUUCCGACGCGUUGUCCCUUGCGGUGAGGGAUGAGCCAAGAGGGGCACGGGGUGGCUGCGUGCGGGGCUCUGCUGGGCUCGGUGCCAUCCUCCACGUGGGAGGCAGCCAUGAACCAGGAUGGGGCUCUGAGGACCUACAUGGGACGUGCACGAUGGGGGACAUCCCAGCCCUGCUGGCACAACACCUCCCAACGGCUCCCUGUACCAGGAAAUGCACCAGGCCACAUCUGCCACUGCAGGACCAAGUGUCCCCGUGGCAGGGUGACACCCCUGAGUCUGACCUCACCUUGGGCAGGGCUGUGGGUGCCAGGACCUGGGGCUGGAAGCAACCCUAGGGCACAGGGCUGGCACCUCUGGGCACAGGGUUGACAGGGGCACACGCUGUGGGGAUGGGGCAGGUCCAGUGUCAGCCUCUGGAAGGGAAGGAAGGAGUUUCAGUUUGGGAGAUAAAAGCCUGGGGCAACACCAGCGAUGGUUCCAGGGAGGGCAAAGGGCAGGACCGUGACACCGCAGCGGUCGCCAGUCCUGGCACCACGCCUGGCACGUGGCACUGGGGCACGUGCUGACCAAGCCAGGCUGCCCAGGACCAGGAGCUCAGCCCGGCUGCUGGCCAAGCACCUCCUCCCGUGGGGAUUUUGUCCCCCCAGCCCUUAUGGACAGCGCAGUCACCGCUUCCUCGCACCUCCAGCCCUGGCAGCCCCUGCAGGAUUCCAGCUUUGGGUGAGCCCGGUGGCCACAGCAGGACCUUGGAGGGACCAAACCAGCCCUGGGGUGAUGAUGGAGGCCACCCCAGAGGCCAAAGGUGGGUUCAGGCUGGGCAGAGCAGGGCCCAGCUGGCUCAGCCCAUGGGCUCUGGGUGGGCACAGCCUCCUUUUCUAACUCCCCCUGUACCCUCUGUAUCCUACUAAGACUGAGGCGGGAUUUACAGACAGUGCCAGCGUGGGCUGCCACAGGCAGGACACCCAGGGAGGAUGGAAUAAAGCCUUGUACUCCAGCACA